AACCCACAGAGGCAGGAGGCCAUUUCUUCAUCUCAAGGACCUUUGCUUUUAUUUGGAAAACAGGUUGUAGUGCCUGAGCAGCUCCAGUGGGGCAUGUUCCUUCUCUCUUCUCCCUGCCCAGGAUGGCUUUAGGGUCUAACUUAGUGAACCUUAACUAAACACCUAUAAACAUCAUUUUGAGAACCAUUAAUAAAAGGCCCUUAGUUCUAAAUCUUUAGAGGGAAAGAUGUCUCGGUAAGGGAUUUGUGGGACCUCUUUAGGAGGUAGAAGUAGGCUAAGUUUAAGUGUCAAAUAUAGAUCACCAUUUUAGAAGCAGGUGUUUGGGUUUGCUUUCUCCCCCUACUUUAUUGGGGAGGACUUGCCAUUGCUUUUAUCAAGUGCUUGCUAGCCAUGGGUGCCAACUAACUUCUUCGAUUGAAGGCCGGAGUAUCAUAUCUGGUUCCAGGAGCCGCUUGAGCAGGUCCUGGCAUUCAGUUGAGAUGCCCAGAUGAGUGGGGAAGGAUACCCCCUUCUGUUGCUGCCACAGCAUCUUGGGAAUAUCUGUGUCAUCAAAAGGUAGGCUUGCACAGAGCAUUACAUACAGGACCACACCCAUGCUCCAGACAUCACCUUUCUUGCUAUCGUGGGGUAUGCCCUGCAGCACUUCGGGAGCGGCAUAGGCUGUGCUGCCACAGAAGGUCUGGCUCAGCUCCCUGCGUGACUUGGGUAGGACCUUGGCAAAGCCAAAGUCGGUCAGCUUCAGGUUGAAGCCCUGCAACAAGGCGUUCUCACACUUAAGGUCCCGGUGGGCCACGCCACAGCCAUGGCAGUAGCGAAUCGCCUCAACCAUCUGGCGGAAGAGGGCCUUGGCCCGGCUCUCGGGAAGCGGCCCUCCGUUCAGCACACAGUCAAAGACAUCCCCUCCCUCAGCCAGUUCCAUCACCAGGUAGAUUUUUCCAUCUGCUGACUCCAGCAUCUCAUACACCCGGAUGAUGUUUUUGUGGUCCAGGGUACGGACAAUCUGGAGCUCCCGGGGCAGGAAUCUCUGGAUAAACUCUGAGGGGGAAAGUGGGGAGGCAAAAUGGACUAUCAAAAAAGAAGGGCCUAAUUCCUCCCUCCUGACUCCCGUUUCUGGCUUCUGGACACCCACCGUGUCUGUGUCCCGCCUUGACUCCCUGAAUAGUCUCAGAUGUUCUCGCAGCAAAUGUCCCCUUUUAUUCAUAGUUAGCUCAUACUUGGAACCUGCUCCCUGCAGCCUGUGAGACCACAGAUAAGGGGAUACUUGGGAACUUCAAACAAAGCUACUGAAUCCCAGGGUUCUUUCCAGGAGCCCUCUUUUCCUGUCCCUUUUCCACCUCUCCUUACCAGUUCCUGUCAUCUAGCCAAUACCUCCUGGGAUAGGAAAAACUGAGGCCCCUUUGCCAUGUAUUUUGUGAAUAUGGACAGUGCAGCGAUCCUGGAUCGUCACAUCCGCCUAUUACAGACCUGAGGGCAGUAAUCUGGCCUGUUUUGUCGGUUACCAAAAGGGAAGAACUAUUUCUAACUGAGCAAAGCACCUACCCACGUCUACUAGCCCACCCUCCAAAGGGCCCCGGCUCACCUUCUGGCCCUCCCAUCUUGUCUAUAAUUUUAAUUGCCACUUUUCUUUGAUGUUUUUUGGAAAAUGCUUCUUUGACUUUUGAGUAGGUCCCUUCCCCAAUGGUCUUGCCCAGCUGGUACCCAUUGGAGAGAAGAAAGUCCUCCAUGCUGUGUAGCGCCUCCUUUGGUCACCCUCUCAGCUCAUGCUGCCUCCGCGAGGCAGCGCUACUCCACCAUCGCCCUUUGCUGCUUCUUUUCCCCCCAAGGACUUCAUCCACAGCCGCCUCCAGGGCUAGAACAUUCUCCGUCUGGACACAGCCACAGGUGGUGGGGAGGGAGAGGACCAGACAUUUUUAAACUCCUGCCCAAUUGUGAUGUAAAUGCUGUGUGACCCUCAGACAACACGGGCAGUGUCCCUACUUGCCCUCACCACCACCAGCAAACCCAGCCUGAGUUAAGUCAUUCAUGAGUUGAGUCUGGCACCGAGUAGUAACAGUGCCGGAGAAGGGACCCCGGUGGCUGUGUAGGCCAGGGAAGCCAGGCUCUGCUUCCAGGCGAGUCUCCCUCAUCCCCGAAGUUUCCAUCGAGCUGUUGGAAGAUAGUGCAAACCGGUCACCAAACUGUGGUCGCCAGAGCCCUUUGGCUUCAGGCCCUGGGCCCUCACUAAAUGCCCAAAUGGUCAAGGGUGGCCUAGAAUUCCAGCGAGGAAUAGGCUGUGUGAGGUCAGCACGCAGAGCCCAGGGUCACAAUGCAGCCCUCCCCUUCGGCACUGGGGCCCCUGCGCGCAGCAGACACCUGCCAGGCUCCGCCUGGACCGGAGCGUCCUCCCGCUGCCAGGGCUCGGGCAGUUGCUUCCAGCCUGGGACCGGCCUCGGCCUCCGGCAGAGUGCCCCGGGCCCUGGACAUGAGUGCCCAGGAGACCCCACAGGGUCGAAGAUUCCCCAUUGAGGCCGGAGACUCCCCUGGCCUUGCCUCCGCCCCCGAGUCCCAGGACAGCCCGGAGCCAGUAGCUACGGAUCAUAACCCUGUCAGGCCGCUCCGACGCUGCCCGGGCUGCCACUGUCUGACGCUGCUGCACGUGCCCAUCGACGUCUACCUGGCCAUGGGCGGGAGCCCCCGGGCCCGUGCCACCUGA